AUGCUGAAGAAGGCGCCCGGUGUUCCUCGCCAUUGGAUUCGCAGGCCCGAUUCACGGCUGGUACUUGACAGGCGCUUCCAUCUCUUAGGACACAAAGAAUACCUGGACAAGAAGAAGCAGCUUAGCAUAACCAAUUUCGACUCCGACUAUCCCGCCGUCUUCAAAGAAGCUUUCCUGGACAUACCCGCAGUCGGAAAAUGGUUUCAGAAACUUCGCAAAACACAAGAGGGGCUUACGAAUGAGAAAUACCAGAAACACGAGACGGAACGUGAUGAGCUCCAUGACACGUCCAGAUAUCCUCAAGAGCUGAAUACAGCAUAUCUUGAGCAGUUUGGUGAUGCAAUCGUGCCAUUGGAACUAACGCGCGCUUCCGCUAAUAGCAACUCUCGAAAUGAAACGUUUGAGCGCUUCGAGGCGCCUCUAUCUCUCCUACUACAGCAUAUAAGUGCUGCUGAGACGCAAGACACUAGUUUGUACCUCGCGCAACACUCGCUGGCCGAUCUUCCAGCACCGCUACAAGAAGACUUACCUACGCCGUCGUUCUUCCUAUCGCAUCUCAACGCUCGUGGCGAUAUUUACGCCUCAAGUCUCUGGAUGGGUAGACCGCCUACUCGCACCCCGCUACAUCGCGAUCCGAACCCGAACCUCUUCGUGCAACUGGCAGGCAAGAAAACAGUUAGGCUGAUGCAGCCUGAGGUGGGUAGGAUGGUAUACGAGAACGUAAGGCAGAAAGUACACGGGGCUGGCGGAGACGCGAAUAUAAGGGGAGAGGAGAUGAUGCAAGGUGGAGAGAUGGAGGGCUUGGAAAAUGCGGUCUGGAAUAACGACGUCGAGGAAGACAUGGCUGGCGUGACCGGCGUAGAAACAACGCUGAGCAGCGGAGAUGCGCUGUAUAUUCCCUAUGGGUGGUGGCAUGCAAUUAGGGGUGUUGGCAAGGGCGCAAAUGCUUCGGUAGGUGCAGCAUAUGAUCUGGUCUGA